UCAAGUUUAUUAUUUACCAGGCUGUAAUAAUUCUCUUAGAUCGAAGUAGUAUGGCAUUGGUGGAGCAGGUUUAUGCUUUUCUUCCUAAUUUUUUCUCUUCAUAAUUGUCUGCAAAUACUGGUUUCAUAUCUUGACGAGUUGGGUUGCCCUUGGAGCUAAUAACCCUAGUGUGUAAGUGGUGGUGCGGAGAAUGGAUUCAACAGAAUGCGACAAGGCUAUGGUGGUGACUCAAAUAAGUGUUGGUGGUUUUGAUCAACAUGUUACUGCUAAAAUACUGUCUGACUAUUUUGAGGAGAAUAUUGGAAUUGUUUGGAGAUGCAGAUUGAAAACAUCUUCAACCCCUCCAGAAUCUUAUCCUGACUUUCGUCAUGAAACUAAGAUCAAUAUAACAAACAAACGAGAGAAGAUUGAACCCCAUGCUUUUCUGCAUUUUGCGAAUCCAACUUCUGCAGAGGAUGCAUUAAAUGCAGCUGCCCGUGGGGAGCUAUCAUUAUCUGGAAGGCCUCUAAGAAUGAACAUGGGGCCUCAGAAUCCUUUCAGCUUGAAUGCGAGAAGGAGGAAUGUUGAUCCUUUUAAGUUGCCUGGUGUUGGUCUUGAGAUUGGAGUUCUAUUACAGAAGGACGAGUUUUGGGCAGGCUGGAGAGCGCCGGCUGCUGCUUCUGUUGACUUUGUUGUGGAUCCAUUUAACUCAAUGUGCAGAUUCCUUAUCACUAUGGAUACUGUAUUCCUUAUGGAGGAUGUUGGCCAACAUGUUAUGAUAAAAUGCAAUUUUAAAGCUGAGUUUUCAAUAAGGGAAAUUAUUAUUGUCAAACAGUAUAGAGACAUUUCUUCGUUGAUUAUCCUUCUUCAGCUGGCUUCUUCUCCAUCUAUCUACUACAGAACAGCUGAUGAUGAUAUUGAAGAACAAGUUCCACUAGAUUUGUUGGACGAUGAUGAUCCUUGGAUACGCACUUCUGAUUUUACAGCUAGUGGUGUUGUUGGUAGGUGUAAUACUUACCGAGUUUCAAUUCCACCUCGUUAUGGGUCGAAGUUGAGUAAAAUUAUAGAAUAUCUUAAGGAGCAGAGUGUACCCAAUGAAGAGGGACCAACAAGAGGGAGGCUUAUGAUAAGAGAUGAACCCAAUUAUGGUAAGCCAUUUAUAGAUCCCUUCUUUUGCAUACACUAUGAGAUAGGUCUCAGUUUCGAUGUGCUAUUUCUGGUGAAUGCUGUUGUGCAUAAGGGGAUUAUAAGUCAACAUCAGUUGUCUGCUGAGUUCUUUGACUUAUUGAGAAUGCAUUCUCGGGAUGUCAGCAUUGCAGCUCUGAAGAACAUAUAUACAUAUAGGUCACCGGUUUUUGAUGCUGCUAAGAAGUUAAGAGCUGUUGUAGGAUGGUUAAUCAGAAACCCGAAGCUACUUGAAAGUCCAAAAUCUCAAGAAGAUGUUGUUGAAAUUAGGAGAUUAGUGAUCACUCCAGUCAAAGCAUAUUGUCUGCCUCCAAUUGUCGAACUUUCAAAUAGAGUCCUGCGGAAUUAUAAAGAUGUUUCCGACCGUUUCCUGAGGGUGAUGUUCAUGGAUGAGGGCAUGCAGACCCUCAAUUCAAAUGCUCUUAAUUAUUAUAGUGCUCCAAUAGUUAAAGAGUUAACGGGAGUUUUUUCUGCUCAGAAGACUUCAAUAUUCAAACGGAUUAAGAGCAUCUUGUCUGAUGGGUUCUAUUUGUGUGGUCGUAGAUACUCAUUUCUGGCCUUCUCCGCCAAUCAACUACGCGACCGUUCUGCAUGGUUCUUCGCCGAGGACAAGAUUACUACAAAGAUCAUAAAAAGUUGGAUGGGAAGGUUUUCUAACAAAAAUGUUGCAAAGUGUGCGGCUAGGAUGGGGCAGUGCUUCUCAUCCACUUAUGCUACUAUUGAAGUUCUACCCUACGAAGUUAAUGAUGAGCUUCCAGACAUUGAGAGGAAUGGUUAUAAUUUCUCUGAUGGCAUAGGUAUGAUAACUCCUGAUCUUGCCAUGGAAGUUGCAGAGAAGUUGCAGUUGAAAGUGAACCCUCCUUCUGCUUACCAGAUUAGAUAUGCAGGCUGCAAAGGGGUGGUUGCAUCUUGGCCUGGGAAAAAUGAUGGCAUUCGACUUUCUUUAAGGCCGAGUAUGAUCAAGUUCGAAUCAAACCAUACAAUGCUUGAAAUCUGCUCGUGGACUCGUUUCCAGCCUGGCUACCUUAACCGGCAAAUAAUCACAUUGCUCUCCACUUUGGAUGUGGCGGACGAUGUUUUUUGGAAUAUGCAACAAUUGAUGAUUUACAAGCUAGACCAGAUGCUGGUGGAUGUGGAUGUAGCUUUUGAUGUUCUUACAACAUCAUGCACUGAUCAAGGAAAUACUGCCGCCAUAAUGUUAAGUUCAGGUUUCAUGCCUCAAACUGAACCUCACUUACGUGGGAUACUAAAUUGUGUAAGGGCUGCACAGCUUUGGGGCCUUCGAGAAAAAACCAGAAUCUUUGUUGAAUCAGGGAGGUGGUUGAUGGGCUGCUUGGAUGAGCUGGGCAUACUUGAACAAGGCCAAUGCUUUAUUCAAAUAUCAAGUCCUUCAUUGGAGAACUGUUUCAUCAAUCAUGGAGAUAAGUUCUGUGAGACAAAAAAGAAUCUGAAUGUUAUUACAGGCUUAGUGGUGAUAGCAAAGAACCCAUGUCUUCACCCUGGAGAUGUACGGAUUUUGGAAGCAGUUGAUGUCCCAGAGCUUCAUCAUUUAUACGAUUGUUUGAUUUUUCCUCAAAAGGGAGAUAGGCCACACACUAAUGAAGCUUCCGGAAGUGACCUUGAUGGGGAUCUCUACUUUGUCACAUGGGACGAAAAUUUGAUUCCUCCUUCUAAGAGGAGUUGGCCGCCAAUGGAUUAUGAGCCACCGCCAAUUAAAGUGCAAACUCGCGAUGUUACUCAAAAGGACAUAAUUAACUUUUUCACCCAUAACAUGGUGAAUGAGAGCUUGGGUGCAAUCUGCAACUCGCACGUAGUUCAUGCAGACAUGAGCGAAUACGGAGCACAAGAUGAGAAAUGCAUAAAGCUGGCUGAGCUUGCUGCAAUAGCUGUGGAUUUUCCCAAAACCGGGAAGAUUGUGACAAUGCCUCACAAAUUAAGACCUCAAUUGUACCCAGAUUUCAUGGGUAAGGAUAAAUUUCAAACUUAUAAGUCAAAGAAAGUGAUAGGAAGAUUGUAUCGUCAUGUUAAGAAUGUGUACGAGAAAGACAUAGAGACAUGUUCAGACAUGUCGUUUAAUCUGGAAGACAUCCCAUACGAUAAAGAACUUGAAAUAUCUGGAUCAGAAGAAUUCAUUGAGGAAGCGUUGAAACUGAAAUGCUCUUAUGAUGGGAAAUUGAGUGCACUUCUCAGCCAAUAUAAAGUAACAAGGGAAGAAGAGAUAGUAACUGGACAUAUAUGGUCUAUGCCAAAAUAUGUCAGUAGAAAACGAGGGGACCUCCAGGAGAAGCUGAGACAUAUUUAUAGUGCACUAAGGAAGGAAUUCAGGCAACAGUUUGAGAAUCUCGGUCCAGAAUUUGAUAUUGUUUCCGUUGAUGAGAAGAAUUCGAUUUACGAGAGAAAGGCAUCAGCUUGGUACCAAGUGACUUACCAUUUGAAUUGGGUGAAGAUGUCACUGGAGUGGCAAAAUACUAGCGACAAUGAGGAAAAACGAGUGAUGCUUAGUUUCUGUUGGAUUGCGACUGAUUACCUUUCGAAGAUUAAGAUUAGAUCUCGAGGUAGGGUUCAAAGAGAUUCAUGUAAGCCUGUGAAUAAUCUUGCAAAGUUUCUUGCUGAUGGAAUGGGCAUCUCCAAAUGAAGAAAUCAGAGAAGAAUAGUGUUGGUUAGUAUCAGCCAAAAAAAGAACAUGGCGAUGACAAAGAUCUAGCGACGAAGUUUUGGCGACAAACGUAGAGGAGGAUUGAUCUGAAAUUCAAACCGAACCAAAUUUGAUUCGGUAAUUUGGACAAGCUAUUUUGGUUGAGUUUGGAUUAGAUUAGGAUUUUCUAAUUCACCCAAACAAUAAUAUAUUUCAGAUCAUUAAUGAUUUUUUCUUUCAAUUUUGAACAAAAUUGUAGCAUUAAUUAUUUUUAUUUAUU